AUGAAAGUGCCCUUCUCAUUCCAGGGCACUAUUCCCUUCCGCAAUAGCGGCCAAUGCAUCCGCCACCGAUACCUCCGCCCGUCAGCGACAGCUCGAUACCUAUCCACGACCAGCCCCCUCCACUCAUCCGGCUCCAACAAUAACCCGCUGCGGACGCGCGCGAAUGUCCGGUCGCGCGAGGAGGAAAUCGCCAAAUCCCGCCGCUCGAUGAUUAUGUCUGCGGCGGGAAUAGCGGCUUGUGCGGUCGCCAUGUACGGCGUGAUCAAGCUGGAUGUGUUCGGGCUGGAACAGCAGCAGGGACAGAAAGCCGAAGAGGGGAACGCCGAGAAGAACGCAUCGGCGAUGAAGACGGAAGGGCCGGAUGGGUUCACGAGUCACCCGUCCGUCAUCCGAAUCCAGGGCCAGGAGGGUGUAGAGCAGGUCCCGACUGGGACGAGCUCGGUGCCCCUGUUCCCGACUACAAUUCAGUUGCCCAAGUACCAGGGGAACUCGACCCCUUCCAAUAUCCAGUCUGGGGAUGAGGUUAUUGGCACUGAGGAAGAGGAGUACCAGCUGCUUGGGCUUGGUAUCCGCACCGUCUCUUUUUUGAAGAUCCAGGUAUACGUGGUGGGACUGUACGUGGCUAAAUCCGACAUCGUGGAACUACAGCAGCGUCUCGUCCAGGUUGCUGUCAACCCCCCUUCGGAGGAGCAAGUGAUCUCAAACCCGGUUGGCGCGACUUCGGCUACGUCAUUGGUUUCUACGGAGCGCCAGCUUUUGAAGGAACUCCUACUGGAUGAGGAGAAGGGCGAGGACGUCUGGAAUGCGAUCUUGAAGGAUGAUGGACUCCGCACUGCUUUCCGGAUUGUGCCCACACGUAACACAGAUUUCCUGCAUCUGCGAGAUGGCUGGGUGCGGGGAAUCACGGCGCGGGCGCAAAAGGCCAACCUCAAGGCCAAGGCUGCCGCUCAAGUAGGCGAGGCUGCUCCCCUCGGAGAAUACCAGGAUGAAUCGUUCGGCUCGGCUAUGAAUGACUUCAAGGGCUUGUUCGGUGGUGGUCAGCGCAAGAAUGUGCCCAAGGGACAGACACUCGUACUGAUGCGCAGUGCCCAUGGGGAGCUGGAUGCGCUGUUCCAGCCUGAUGCCGCGAAGCCGUUCCGAUUCAUGGGUCGGGUUUCCGAUGAGCGGAUCGGGCGGCUGGUUUGGUUGAACUACCUGGCUGGAAAGAACGUGUCAAGUGAGGACGCUCGACGGAGCGUCGUGGAUGGUGUUAUGGGAAUCGUUGAGCGGCCGAUUGGGACAAUUGUUCAGAAGAUUGUGUAA